CAGCAGCAGGUUCGCCAGCCACAGCCCGUUACGCUCUGGGGGAGAGACAGAGACAGGGAAAGCAGAGACUCAGAGAUAGGUCUGCGUUGAGCGAGACAAGCGUGGAGCUAUGGGCCUUGAUCGAGGCGGUCGAUCGGGAGCAGAUCAAGGCGACCGACCCGCUCUAGUUGAGCGCAGCGGUAGCAGUGAGGAGCAGCAAAAUCGACAGCACCAACAACGAGGUGGUGUGAUCCCACGACACACGUACCGACGGCGCAGACCAGAUCGCAUGAGCAGAGCAUGCACACUCCUGGCGUGUGGUGUGAGCUUGCAGAGCUGGGUUUGCACGGAUGGGUUCGCCGGGAACGCGUGGAGGUCCUCGCCCAGCAGCAACAAGGCAGAAAAAACCGCAACACAUACGUGUGUGGCGGCACCACCCGCGGAGGCCGCCACGGCCUGGCAACAAAGACGACCAGCAGCACGUGUUUUAGCGUCGCGUAGCAGCUGCCGCCGUGUGUCUGGCGCAACGAUAGCAUGUAGCCGGACCGAGUCCGCCUCUACGCUUCAGGUGCAAGAGAACGCCGGGGGCGACACGCAGCAGCUCGGGGAUGCGUCGUGGGAAGAUGGCGAAAAUGCUGCUGCUGAUGAGAUCGCAGCAGCUGGGGCAGGAGGAGCGAGCACUCCCCCGGGGACAGAGGAGGAGGAUCGAAGCAAGCGACGUAAGCGCAAGCCGGUCGCUGCCAAUGGCGGAAGGAACAAGCUGUUCGACCUCCUGAAUGACCUGGAAGGUGGCGGGGGAGGGGGUCUCGAGGCGAUCGAGUUGCUGGGCGUGGAGAAGACGGCGCAUGGGGUUGGCGGCAGCAGCAGUAGCAUGUUGCUGAAGGGAGCUGCCGGUCAACAGCAUGUAGGAGAUCAUGUGGCGCUCCCACCGCAGCAUCAGAUGGAGGAGGAGGAGGGAGCUGAGCGAGAGUUGCUGUCGGAGCCGCUCAAGAAGUCUGAGGGCCGUAAGUUCUCGAGGCGGCAAGGGCGCGUGCCCCCGCUGACGAGGAGCCAGUCAGAGGAGUGGAGAGUCCUUCCCAUGGCGAAGAGGAUCGAAGAGAUUCGGCAUAGCAAGAUGAAGAGGAAGGACCCGAUGAAGGAAGAGAAGUGCAUGGAGGUGAUGCAGAUCUUGGACAAGGCUAAGGAGGAGCAAGGGGCGAGGGGUCUCGGGCUGACGUUCGUCUACAGCCUCGGGAUGAGGACGUGCCUCGACUUCGGACAACCGGAGAAAGCUAUUGCGCUCUUCAGCGAGUUGAAGACCUUCAAGGAAAGCCCGCCUAACAGGCAAGCUUUCGAGGCGGCGUCCAUUGCCCACAGCCAGCUCAAACAAGGGGAUGCCGCAAUGGAGGUGAUUUUGGAGAUGAAGGAGUCGGGCUGGUUGCCGACUGAACGGGCGUAUAAAACUCUCUUGGAAAGUAUCAGAGGGACCGAGGGCGCGUCGGCGGUUGCUAACCGUGUCAUCCAGCUCUACGUCGAAGACGAAGACCCGGAGGGGGGGGGUGCCGGCCUCUUGCCGACGAGCAUGGACUUGUGCCACCAGUACCUCAUGGUGCUGGCGUGGGCGAACGAGUGGGAGCAGGCGCUGGAGUUCUUCUUCAAGCUGGUGGAGCGAGGGCAGCCUCACCCGGACCAGAACUGCUACAACGCCGUGCUGCACGCGCUCAACAGGAGCGAUCGCUGGGAGGAGACCAUUCGGGUGAUGGAAGCCUUUCGGUCGCACGUGCGGCUAAUGCAGCACCAGCAGCUGGAAGCGCCCAAGCCGAUGAGGAGCUUGUUCCUCUCUGCGUUGUCGACCCUGCUAAGAGUGGCGAAGCGGACCGAAGGCGUCGAAGGGUACGACGAGCAGGAGAGCGAGGCCGCGAUGGACGAGGCGAUAAAGGUCUGGAAUGAGCUCAAGGCGUCGGGCAUGUACGAGGGCAUAUCUCCCUACAGCGCCGGGAGACUGCUGCACCCCCUCUUCAACGCCUGCGACAAGCACGUGAAGUACUGGCCGACGGCCCUGGAGGUGUUCGACCUCAUGGAGAGCUACGAAUACAGCCCGGACAAGAUCGAUGAUAGGUGGAGAGAUGACGAGAAGGCCAUCGGGUGGAGGGGUGGCGAUGGAGGCAUCUCGGCCGACGAACGCAUGGCGAAAGAGGAAGACAGGACAGCUCCGACGGCGGGCGAGUACCGGUCGAUGCUGCACAUCUUGAGCCACAGCAGGGACGCAGAGCGGGGGGCGAACUGGGAGAGGUCGAUGGAGCUCCUGAGGGAGGCUCAGGAGAACGAGCUACCCAUCUCGGAGAGUUCCUUUCAGACAGUGAUGACCGAUCUCGGGUUCGCCGGAGAGGUCGACCUCGCCUUUUCCAUCUACGACGACAUGCGUAUGGCCGGCAUCCCCCCCUCGCUCGACACCUACAACCGCCUGCUAGGGGUCUGCGAGAAGAACAAAGAGUGGGAUCGCGCCUUCAAGAUCCUGGACGAGAUGAGCGAGCUUGCCAUCAAGCCGGAUGUUGUUUCCUUCGGCGCUGCGAUCAGCGCGUGUGGAAAGGGGCUAGAAUGGCGGAGGGCCCUCGCGCUGCUGGUACGCAUGCAGCACGACGGGAUUGAGCCCAACCUCCAGUGCUUCAACAACGUCAUCCACGGGCUUGGGCUUGCGGGGGAGUGGAAGCGGGCGGAGGCAAUGAUGGAGGUCAUCCACAAGACUGGCCUGGUGCCGGACAGCUACACGUACAACAGCAUGGCCAUGGCGUAUGCCUCGGCGGGAGAGUCUGACAUGGCCCUGGACGUGCUGGAUACGAUGGAGAAGAACGGGGUCCAGCCGGAUGAGGUGACUUACGGCACUCUCAUGAAGGCCUGCGACGGGGAGGGGGCGUUUAGCAUCAUGCGGUCUCUCAUGGAUGAGAUGGAGCAAAGAGGCAUUCCGAUGACGGUGCACCACUACACCACCUGCAUCGACGCGGCCAACAGGAUGGAAGGGACCGGAAUGGGGUGGGAGUUAUGGAGGCAGAUGGGCGUCAAGGGCGUGGAGCCCAACAACUACGCCUACAGCGCCAUUAUCACCACGGCUGCGAUAGACAGGGACGUCAGGACUGCGCUGAGGCUUCUCGAAGAAAUGAAAACGAAGGGGAUCAGCAUCGACGUCGUGAGCUACACGAGCGCCAUCUGCGCGUGCGGUCCUGACUGGCUCCUGGCGCUCGACGUCCUCGAGGAGAUGGACAAGGACGGCGUCGUGCCCAACCUCCUCUCGUUCACCGCGGCGAUGGGGGCGUGCUUCAAGGGGGAGGAGCCCCGGGAGGUGAUCAACGUGUUCAACAGGAUGAAAGCGGCGGGCGUAGCGCCGGACCUGCGGGCCUACAACCUCGCCAUCAUGGCCCACGACGCGGACGAGAACCACUACGGGCGCGCUAGCCUCGAGGCCGAGCUAACGGAGGCCGGGCUGAGCCUCCAGGACAAGGAGUGGGAGACGGCGUGGGUGCCCCCGGCUGACCUCGGCGGAGCGUUCUCGGAGAUCGGCGAGCCGGGGUACAACGUGGGGCCACCCCGCAGAGGGGGGGGGGGGGGGGGGGGGGGCCNNNNGGGGGGGGGCAGCUACGGGCAGUUCGAAGAUUACGAGGGGGGUGGAGGGGUGGACCACUCGUACGACGACGAGUCGUGGUGACACACGGGCGGUUGGUGUAGUUUUUCCAACCUUGUUUGACGGAAUUGUGGAGUUGGUAGGGCCGGGGGGAGGCUGCGAGCGGAGAGUCAAGGGCGGGGGAUCGAUAGUCGAUCAUGUGGAUUAUCACACCCGUCCCUGUCAAUCGGGGCGGAGCAGCUGGGGAUAGUCCCUCCGCAGUUAUUUUGUGACUGUUUUUAUUUUUGUGUUUUCGGUCUCGUGGUGGGGGGUGGGCUUCGGAAAAACGGGUAGAUGAAUUGCGUAAGGGAGGGGGGGGCUCUUUCCAUCACAAGCCUCGUUGUGUGUUGUGUGUUUUUAGUGUCGCUCUCUUCUUGGUUCCAAGUUGUGCCGCGUCGUGUGGUCGAUUUGGAAUCGGUUUGGUUUGGUUGCCAGGCCCUCGUUGUUGACGUUUCGAUGAUGAUUUGUCCUAGCAGCGGCAUCUAUUUGUUGGAGCUCUAAAAUGAAACUUUCGUCUGUGCAAGACUGGCAACACCCGGUACGGGGGAAGAUGCAGCGGCGGAGGGGUGAGACGGGGAAGGAAAGGCUUGUCUAACUACUAGGGUAUAACAAGGAGCAAGAUCACCGCUGUGCCGGAACGUGUGCUAGUUUAGGGCCUUGUGUCGGGCUCGUGAGCUUGGAACCGUUUGAGCCCAGCUGUCUGGGUCUUUCUUUCGUGUAUGUUUCUUGGGGAUGAACGGUAACCAUCCCCGGUCUGGUUCGUCUGGGCUUGGCGAGAUAGUAGGCCUGUCUGAACAACGCUACGAACGGCCGGCAACGAAUCAAGGAAUCAACGAAUCUUCG